AUGUCGUUGUUCUUGGGAGGACAAGCUCAGUUCCAGAAUGUGGAUCCAGAGAAGAUCAAACUUGCAGAUAUUCAAUUCGACGCCCAGAAUUUGAUGUUCAAAAAGCUCUUGCUGAAGUGUAAUACAAAGUGUAUAGCACGAGAAUAUGGUGAAGCCGAUUUGAAUACCGGUGAACAAAGUUGUGUUGAUAGAUGCGCAGAGAAGUUUUUCAAGACCAACCGGUUGAUGGGAGAAACCCUACAAUAUAACCGGCAAUUCAAUAUCCAGAAAAUGCCGGAUUACCAGAAGGUGCAACUGAUGCUCCACCAACCAAAGAACUAA